AUGCCUGAGCCGCGGGCUCGCCCUCAACGAGCCGCGAAGCUAGAGGCGCAACAGAGGAUUGCCGCGCAGGCACAGGGUCGCGACGUUCAUCCUGAGGAGACCCCUUCUCCCGACGGUCCGGUCAACCUGUUUCCCUCGAAUCAGCGAAACCAGUCGACGGACCCGAACAAAGAGAACGUAAAGCUGAACGCUCAGGCCAAGCACGUUGCUCCCAAGGCCGCUGCCAAGGCUCCCUUGGCCGCGCCGCCCGCACCAGCGAACGUGCAGCCAAGGCAGCAACCGGUGCAGCCUGCUUUUGUACCAGAACCCAAGGUCGAGGAGCCUGCCGAGGAUGGGCCUGACAAGUUCCCGGUUCCUAAGCGGGUAGUUGUUGGAGGUGGGCCGGCUUAUAUCCCCGACCGCAAACUUGGCAAAGGAGGCUUUGGCCAGGUUUGGCUUGGUCGCCGGGUAUACGCCAAGAAGUGUCCGAAAGAGACCGACACUGCAUCGGCACUGAAUCAAGUUGCACUAAAAUUUGAGCAUAAAAGCAGUAAAGGAUGCGCUGCGGGGUCCCCGUAUGAGUGGUCCAUCUACACGCAACUGGGCGACGUCUACGGCAUCCCCAAGGUGCACUACAAGGGCCAGCAGGAUGACUUCUAUAUCAUGGUCAUGGACCUCUUGGGCCCGAGCCUAUGGGACGUGUGGAACCAGCAUGGGCAGCACCUUUCGGAAGCCUACGUGGCGUGUGUGGCCAUGGAAGCGCUGACAAUUUUGCAGGCAUUGCAUGCCCGCGGGUACGUGCAUGGCGAUAUCAAGCCGGAGAACUUCUUACUUGGUCCGCCUGAUACCAACCGCUCGAAGCGGUUGUACCUCGUGGAUUUGGGGCUUGCAAUGAAAUAUCGGGACAGCCGUUACGGCGGGCACGUCAAGUACGACCAGCGUCCGGAUGACUUCCGAGGCACUGUUCGCUACGCCAGCGUGCACGCGCAUUUAGGUCGUACAAGCAGCCGUCGGGAUGACCUCGAGUCUCUGGCGUACACGCUGAUCUUCCUCCUCAAGGGACGUCUGCCUUGGCAGGGUUACCAGGGUGCAAACAAGGGCUACUGGGUCGCGCGGAAGAAGAUGGCCACGUCCGCGGAGAUGCUUUGCCGCCUGAGUCAACCAGCAUUCCGCGAGUUCACGGACAGCGUCAUGAACGCCAAGUUCGAGGAUGAGCCCAACUACGCCCGAUACAUUGCAAUGUUUGAGCCCCUUGUCAAUGUUCCCGAGCGACCGUUGGUGGUUGAGAAUGCACUGAAGCUAGCGGUGGGCAGCAAGCGCAGCCGCGCUGAGUACGAAGGGGACGUUGAGAUCCAGCCCGUGAAGAAGGUUCGGACCGGUAACGGCGCCAGGCAGUGGAUUACCGUGUAUAACAAGCACGCUCCCAUGAAACAGCGGUACCAUUACAACGUCAACACCAGCCGGCUGCUGGUCCACGUGCAGAAGGGGUGGGAGGACGGCCUGUACAUCAGCUGCGUCUCGUCGUGUCAGAACUUGUGGGCCAUUGUGAUGGACGCUGGCACUGACUACACACAGCAGAUAUACAAGGUGCACUACAACUCAUUCCUGCCGAAGGAGUGGAUUAUGGAGAAAUGGGAGGAGGGCUACUAUAUCACUGCCGUUUCGGGCAGCGACAACAACAGCAGUCUUGUGGUCAUGUCAAAAGGCACCAAGUUCACGCAACAGUCGUACAAGGUGGCCGAGUCAUUUCCGUUCGAGUGGAUUAAGAAGAAGUGGCGAGAAGGCUUCUAUGUGACGGCCAUGGCCACGUGCGUCAACCAAUGGGCAGUGGUGAUGUCGAAGACCACGGGUAUCAUCGACCAGGUGGUGGAGGUUGACUUCCAGUACCCAUCUGAGGGUAUCCACAAGCGCUGGGAUGCGGGCUAUCGGAUUACCUGCGCUGCGUCUACGCACGAUCAGUCCGCCUUCGUUCUUUCGAACCUGCGUAAGCCCAACCUGGAUGAGACGCAGGAGACCCUUCGCACCAGCAACUUCCCUACACAGCACAUCAAGGAGAAAUGGGACGACAACCUGUUUCUCGCAGCUAUUUGCUACGGGAAGACGGUGAGCUGAGGCGAAACGUGCACGAAUCUGGGUCAGCAUUUAUUAGCGCAUGAGCUUUGGAAUGGUGCG